AUGCAUCAAGCAAACGAGCUAAACCGGUUUUCCAGCAGGUUUGACUCCAGCUCGACCACCCCACCCCAUGGCCCCCUGAGUGUUCCUCUGAGUAAUAACCCCAGGCCUCUCUCACAACCCUCACAGCCCUCUACCAUCUCCUGCAGCAGACACCUCUUUACAUCUUUUCCACCCCUCAUCCUCCCGCUGACAUCCACCACAGAUUCUGCCACAUAUUCUGUGCCUCAGACCACACUGCAAAUCACAGCGAGCCAGGUGAUGAGAGAGCUGGAGAGGCUAAACCAGGGGAAAGCUGCUGGACCGGAUGGUGUCAGCCCUCGGGUGCUGAAAGCCAAUAGCACUGACCUCUCACAUUAUGAAGGUGAUGUAGAGACUGAUGUAGACAUAUACCUGGACAAUAAACUGGAGUGGUCUACAAACACUGGGGCCAUUUACAAGAAGGGUCUGAGCCGGCUUUACUUCUUGAGGAGGCUCAGGUCCUUUAAUACAGACAUCACAGCAAAGGAUACCGUCAGAGUGAAUAAACUGGUCAAAAAGGCAGGGUCUGUUGUUGGCUCCAUGUUUGCCAACCUGAAGGAGGUGGUUGAGGACAGAAUGUUGACAAAACUGCUGAUUUUCAUGGACAACAGGAAGAGGCCAGCAGCAUCUUCUCACUCACGGAGCCUGGCCUACUCAGUGUUCUCAUUUUUGAGUCAACCAGCCAGGAUCCUGAUUGUGGAUGCGUUACCGCCCUGGUGGUCUGAGACCUGUACAGUGCUCUGUGAUGCCCUGGAUAACGUCUUGUCCUUGGCCUGCAGUUUAGAGGGACCCUGCAGGAUGCCGCUUCUUAGCCUGUAUGCCGUCAGCAGGCAACAGGAAUGUUUACUACCAUUUGUGCAAGUCCGUGGUAACUUGGCGAGACUGCAUUCAUGUAUCGAGGAGCUGAGGUCCAUUCCAGGCGAUGGCUGUAUCAGGGGACCUUCCAAAGGUGGUGAACUGUUGAAACAGGCUGUGCUAGACAGCCUACAGCAGUUUAAACAGUACAUUAGACAUACCAGUGCUGGCAACCAGACCAGCGACAACACAUCUGUGGAGGUUACCGUGGUGACCAGCCAGCCAGGGCGAGGCAUUGUAUGCCAGCUAGAGAUGGGGCUCAAAGAUGCUGACCUGGUAUCACUGAGGCGUCUCCUAGUGGUUCAGAUCAAUAGUGCAGACAACUGGGGCCAAGAUAUUUCUUCACCUGAAGCUACACACACUGAGGCAGAGGACUGUCUGAUGUUGGGGAUGGAAGUCGACCUGCAGCAAGUGGACAACACUGUUUUUGCCUUGGAGACUGUGUUGAAGGCGUGGCUUCAAGAGCAGGGUGGAGACCGGGAACAUCUUCAGCUGCUGCUGCCGAACCAGCAGGAGAAAUGCAAGCCAGUGUGCGUGAAGUGUGACAUGCAGGAGCGUCUCAUUAGCCCUGCACUGCUCCCUCUGGACCCCCACCUGGGAGCGAGAACUGAGACCGUAAACAGUUUCCUGCCUCUCAAUAAAGGCCCAGUGAAUCAGAAGCCACCAGUACAGAGGCUGAAAGUGAUCAGGGCUCUGCGUGCAGACGGACUGUGUGAGAGUUUGCUGUUCGGCCUGCCGCUGGUGAUCCGACCCACCACUUGCUGGCAGCUGGACUGGGACGAGAUGGAGACGAACCACAACCUGUUCCACGCCCUGUGUCACACACUCAGGAUUCGUGACUUGUUCCUGCUUCUGCAGAUGGAUCCUGCUGGAGGCUCAGGUGUGCAUUCUCACUACGUGCUCCAGCCCUCACCAUCACUGUCACUCCUUGUGAAGCCGAUAGUGUCCAGAGAGUUGUUGCUGCCUUGCUCAAUGCUUGCAUCCACUCAAGACCCCACACCUGAUGCUGUGCAAGUUAUACAGGGGUGUCUCAGUCAGCUUGAUGAGGACACUGUGUUCAGUCCUCUGUCCCUGAACACUAACCUGUACCAGUACCUGAGGAGCAGAGGUCUGCUGUCACAGCCUCGAUAUCCAUACCGGCUCCAACCAAUUUCAAACAGAACCCAAUUACAACCAUUAGAGGGCGGCAAAGCUGCAGUCAGUAGACAACAGCGACAGCCACCAAACCAAGGACGCCAGCUGGGAAUGAACAGCAAAGUCAGGGCCACUGUGGCUCCUUUGCCAUCCACCUCCUCUCACGCCGCCUCCUCCUUGGUACCGCCUCCUGCUAAGGCCUCCCGUCCAGCUUUAACAUUCCAUAGCAGCAGUAGUCACCGGGCUCUUGGGGUGACACCUCAUCGCCUCGAUGUCCAGGGGCAUAACAACGACAGCGACAAUGAUGAUUUGAUGGUAAUACUGUGAGAAAACUGGAGGAUGACUGACAGAAGGUGAGAGUUAAUGUGGAAUUACAGCAA